UCGCCCUCUAGCGGAAAUUUCUUCCCACACGAAACGGAGAACAUGCAAAAUCAUCACGUUAUUUUAAGGAGUCGACCAGGUGUGAACAGUGCACCUGUUGAUGAAAACUUUGAGUACACCGAAUGUCCAUACCCAGAGCAGUUACAGAAAGGGGAAGUGCUGAUAAAAACGUUAUAUUUAUCAGUUGAUCCAGCAUUGAGAUGCCGCAUGAAUGAAGACACUGGAGCAGAUUACCUGACUCCAUGGCAGAUAGGUAAAACAAUAGAAGGCCUGCUUGGAAUGGGUGUUGUGGUUCAGUCAGCAGAUGAUUCCUUUACUGAGGGAGACCUUGUGGAAGGAGAUUUAGGCUGGCCUUGGAAGCAGUAUUUCAUCUAUGAUAACAACUCUCAAAGAAAAUGGAUUAGAAAGGGUGACAGAAAUUUAGUUGGGGACAGACCUUCUCUGUAUCUCAGUUGUUUUGGUUUGGUGGGUCUGACAGCUCUGCUUGGAGUCAGGGAAAAGGGUCAUGUGACACCAGGAGCCAAUCAGACUUGUGUAAUAAGUGGAGCAGCUGGUGCCUGUGGAACACUGGCAGGACAGAUAGCCAGACUUGAUGGCUGCAGCAAAAUAGUAGGAAUCUGUGGCACCAAUGAAAAAUGCAAUUUUUUGACUGCAGAGUUGGGAUUUGAUCAUGCUAUUAAUUACAAGACAGAGAAUGUGUCUAGUAGGUUAAAAGAAUGUUGCCCAGGUGGGAUAGAUGUUUAUUUUGACAAUGUAGGAGGAGAAAUUUCAAAUACAGUAAUAAGACAGAUGAAUCCAAAUUCUCAUGUUAUACUGUGUGGGCAGAUUUCUGUGUACAAUAAAGAUGUACCGUACCCCCCUCCACUUCCUGAGGAUAUUGAACAGUUACUAAAGGCAAAAAACAUAACAAGAGACAGAUUUCUUGUCCUCAAUUAUCCUGAAAAAUUUGAAGCUGCCAUUGUGCAAUUGGUAGAAUGGUACAUGUCAGGAAAACUAAAGGUGAAGGAAACGGUCACAGAAGGACUGGAGAAUGCAGGAAGGGCAUUUGUCUCUAUGAUGAAUGGAGGAAAUAUCGGAAAACAGAUAGUGCACGUCUCUGAUAUAUAGUGCUAACAUACUAUCAGGAAUUUAUUAUUCACAUACCAUGUCAGUAUUGUCUUUACAUCAGGAUGAAAAUUACUGAAAAUGUAAAUAAUAAUAGCAGGCAGAAUACACAUGACUGACAAAGGGUGAUAACAAUUUACCAGGAAUAUAGUGAACAUAUAUCAUGGUGCUUCUUAUGUGAAAUUUCAGAGUAUUUAAAUCUUGUGGUGGAAGUGCAGCUGACAAAAUCAGGACACAUCUAGUCAAACUGUUCAAAACGCAAGGUCUUUUUAUAACUGUAACUACUAACAUUACAAAAGUUAGUUAAUUUUCUAGAUGCAAACCUAGACUUAGAAUCUGAGACAUGCAACCCAUUUCUGAAUGCAGAACCGAGCUAUAUGAGUAAGAACUUGAAUCAGCCCCCUGCAGUAAUACCAAAUAUACCUAGGGCCAUCAGAGAAAGAUUGCAGCUCUAUGAUCAAGUUGGACAAUUGCAGGAUCUGCGUGUGUACAAAAAUUCAUUAGAAGGAGGGAGGUACAACAGAAGGAAGGUGAACAAUGAGUUUAAACCAAGCAAUUUUAGCUCCAGUGAAAAGAGAAGACAUAACAGAAGAUUGAAUUGGUUUAAUUCGCCUUUCUCAAAAAAUGUUAAAACACAAGUCGUAUCUUUCUCUAGUUUUUAGAAAAACAUUUCCCUUGUGGAAGCAGACUCAGAUCAACAUUAAAGGUUACUUCCAGUAGCAUGAAGAACAUGCAGCAAAUAAUCCAGGGCCAUAAUAAGAAAAUAUUCAAAUAAGUGGCAGUAAAUAUGCAAGAGAAAAACUAUGGGUAUGUACGUGAAACUCGUAGUUGAGGUUUCGGCAUGCCUCGGGGUUAUUUAAAAAAAAAAAAAAAAUA